UCCCGGUUCCCCGAGGCUGGAGGAGCCAUUUCGUUCCUGCCACCCGAGGGACUGGGGCCACGUCCUUCCAGGGCCAGGCCAGGCUCACUGCAGCCCAUGAUGUAUGCAGACAUUGCCUGCUGGUUUGGCAAUCAGAGGAAGAUGAAGGCCCACGCUCCCGCACCCCCGGGGAAGCCUGCCCCACUGCGUGUCCCAGCAGACCGGACGCCGCCCGGAGACGCGGCCCUCGGCUGCCCCCAGAACCUGAUCCACCAGCAGGAGGCGCUGCGCAACAGCACGCUUGACGUCACCGUGGUCCUGCCCAGCGGGCUGGAGAAGCAAAGCGUGGUCAGCGGCAGCCACGCAAUGAUGGAUCUGCUGGUUGAGCUCUGCCUGCAGAAUCACCUGAAUCCUUCCCACCAUGCACUGGAGAUCCGGUCCUCGGAAACCCAACAGCCUUUGAGUUUUAAGCCAAAUACUCUGGUCGGGACCUUGAAUGUGCACACUGUGUUUCUGAAAGAGAAAGUUCCAGAAGAGAAGGCCAAGCCCGGCCCCCGCAAGGUGCCCGAGAAGUCCGUGCGCCUGGUGGUGAAUUACCUGCGGACACAGAAGGCUGUGGUGCGCGUGAGCCCCGACGCGCCGCUCCGGAGCAUCCUGCCGCUCAUCUGCGCCAAGUGCGACGUCCGCCCCGAACACGUGGUCCUGCUGCGCGACAGUGCAGCCGGCGAGGAGCUGGAGCUGUCCAAGUCCCUCAGCGAGCUGGGCGUGAAGGAGCUGUACGCCUGGGACAACCGGAGAGAAACAUUUAGAAAAUCGUCACUUGGCAACGACGAGACAGAUAAUGAGAAGAAAAAAUUUCUGGGAUUUUUCAAAGUUAAUAAAAGAAGCAAUAGUAAGGGCUGCCUGACGAUGCCCAACUCCCCAUCUGCACACGCGCGCUCCCUGAGUCUGGGGCCGGCCCUGUCCCUGGGCAACAUCUCGGGGGUGUCCAUGAAGUCGGAGAUGAAGAAGCGCCGGGCCCCGCCUCCUCCGGGCUCCGGGCCACUGGUCCAAGACAAGACACCAGAAAAGGUGUCCCUGGGCUCACAGGUUGACUUGCAGAAGAAGAAGCGGCGGGCACCAGCCCCCCCUCCACCACAGCCACCGCCACCCAGUCCCCUGGUCCCCAACCGCAGGGAGGACAAGGAGGAGAACCGGAAGAGCACCAUGGUGUACUGCUGCGCCUCUUUCCCCACCCACGCCAAGCGCCUCUGACGGCUCCUCCUGACCUGACCCACGCCUGCCUGCGGGCUCUGCUGUCCUGCCGCUGCCUCCUUCUUCGCCUUUCUGGGUAAAAAGGCUCAUUGCUAUCCACAAUUCGUGUUCCUUGGAAUUUACAUAUAAAUGCACACUUUGCAGA